AUGGACAGCUCAUUUGGCGAUGCCAGACCAGACUCUAUACCCGUCACCAGCCCAAACGGGGCUGUUGCAGCUGGACCUGGCACUGGACCUGGCACUGGACCUGGCACUGGCAGCCCUCCGACUGCUUCUGUGUUGGAACCACCAGUCGAAGCUGGGGACCAGGCUUUAUUUCCUCAGUUGCGCAACGAUCCUGACGAGGAGUCGGGGCCUGUGCCCCCCAAGUCAACCUCUCAGGCUCCACCGGCAGAGGAUGUUGACGAUGGAGAUGACCACACAAUCGCAAAGCCUUUCCAUCGCACCUCAAGCCCGGACCCGGCAAGCAGAGGUGGAACCGGCGCCGCAUCCGAGGAGGAGUACGACGGCGCCACCGGCCCAGAAGACGUCGGCGAGGAUGGCCGGCCGAGGAGGAGGUUGGUGCACAAGAUGCACAAGUUCAGCCUGUACGAGACGGCCAGCAGGUAUUACAUUGUGGGCGGGGACGUCACGGAGAAGCGGUACCGUAUCUUGAAGAUAGAUAGGACGGUGGACGAUAGCGACCUCAGCAUCACCGAUGACAAGAUCGUCUACUCUCAGAAGCAGAUGAACCAGCUCCUUGACACCAUCGACGAUGGAAACAAGGGAACGGGCGGGAUCAGGCUCAAGUGCACCACCUGGGGCCUGCUCGGGUUCAUCAAGUUCACGGGGCCAUAUUACAUGCUGCUGAUAACCAAGAGGAGCAUCGUGGCUAUGGUCGGCGGCCACUACGUCUACCAGAUCGAAGGAACAGAGCUCAUCCCACUCACACCCGCUAGGUAUAAGACUGACCAGCGGAAUUCCGAGGAGUCUCGAUUCCUUUCUAUUCUGAAUAACCUCGACCUUGCCAGGUCCUUCUACUACAGCUACUCCUACGACGUCACUCGGACACUGCAAGAAAACAUAAGCAAGGAGCGGAACGCCCUCAACAAUGGGCUGCCUUGCUUCGUGGACGAUAACCACAACACCAUGUUCGUUUGGAACAGCCACCUUCUCCAGCCCGCCGUGGACGCUUUGAAGGACCCUUUUGAUUGGUGCCGUCCUAUCAUUCACGGAUACGUAGACCAAGCCUCUGUAUCAAUCUACGGCCGGACUGCCUUCAUCACAAUCAUCGCCAGGCGGUCUCGCUAUUUUGCAGGAGCACGCUUUCUCAAGCGAGGGGCGAACGAUCUUGGCUAUGUGGCCAACGACGUUGAGACAGAGCAGAUCGUCUCGGAGGCCCUCACCACUUCCUUCCACGCACCCGGUGGCAAGCUCUUUGCCAGUCCCGAUUACACAUCCUACGUGCAACACCGAGGAUCCAUUCCGCUAUACUGGACGCAAGACAACACGGGUGUCACGCCGAAACCGCCCAUCGAGCUGAAUUUAGUCGACCCCUUCUACAGCGCCGCGGCGUUGCACUUUGACAACCUGUUCGAGCGAUAUGGCUCGCCCAUAUAUGUGCUCAACCUGGUCAAGGCGAAGGAGCGGACCCCGCGCGAGUCGAAGCUGCUGGAGGAAUAUCGCAAAGCGAUCACGUACCUUAAUCAGUUCCUACCUGAAAAGCACAAGAUUAUCCAACGCCACUGGGACAUGUCCCGCGCCGCCAAGGCCCGAGACCAGGAUGUUAUUCAGACCCUGGAGAACAUUGCUGAGGAAGUGGUGCUGACGACUGGGUUCUUCCAAAACGGCGAUGGGACCAUCAAUGCGACCCGGGUGCAGAAUGGCGUGGCCAGGACAAACUGCAUCGACUGCCUGGACCGCACGAACGCCGCGCAAUUCGUCAUCGGCAAACGUGCCCUGGGCCACCAGCUCCAUGCCUUGGGCAUCUUGGGCGACACUGCUAUAGAAUAUGACACUGACGCCGUCAAUCUGUUUACACACAUGUACCACGACCAUGGAGACACGAUCGCGGUGCAAUACGGUGGUUCGCAGCUCGUCAACACGAUGGAGACAUACCGCAAAAUUAACCAGUGGACGAGCCACUCACGGGAUAUGAUCGAGAGCUUCAAGCGGUACUACAACAACUCCUUCAUGGAUGGACAGCGGCAGGAGGCUUACAACUUGUUUCUGGGUAACUAUAUCUUCGCACAGGGGCAGCCGAUGCUGUGGGAUCUGGCCACGGACUACUACCUGCAUCAUGCUAGUCCGAGGACGUGGUCAGUGACGAGCAAGAGGAGCUAUAUUCAAUGGUACACUGCUGAGUACCUGAAGGAGCGCUCUCUCCCUGAUUAUCACCCACCAAAGGGUGCCGAAGCCAAGUUGCCGGUCUCCUACUUUGACGAUUACUGGCUGGAGUAUUAUCGCCCGUUGACUCUUUCAUCGUUCCAGAAGAUGUUCCCAUACAAGAUGAAUUCAACCAUCAAGUAUAUUCCAUUCAAGUCCACGCAGGAUGGGCGCUACGACCUGAGCCCAUUUCGUGUUCGCACCGACGCCGACGGAGACUCCCCGGACAAGAGGCGACACAAGAAGGGCGUCACCAUCCUGGACCCCCACGAGAUUGCCAAGGCCGAUGGCGACGACGACACAGCCUCGAUCAUGUCUGGAAAAGGAGGCAGUACAAACAAAGGCGGCAUAUCGCUACAGAGAUGGCUCCAACCUGUGGCUCACGACAAGGCCAUCCACAACGGUAGUCCUCAUAGCAUUAUGAAGGAGCCCUCGACGCCCAUCGUGAAUGGCAAUGUCGAGCUACCAGUAGACCCCAACCAGCCGAAAACGAAGCCUACGCCACUGGAGAAAUCCCGGCAGGCGCAAUGGACCUUCACCAAAGUUGUGCAUGAAUCUCUCAACCCCUCUGUCAGUAACCAAGAAGCAGAGGAUUAUGAUCGCUACAUCAGCCACCCACAGAACCUGCCCCUCGUUGUGUCCGCCGACACUCCGGCUGAAGCAGUGGAAGGCGAGUAUCAGGAGUACCUCAACGGGGCGUGGCAGAGCGACGGCCUCCUCCUCGUGCCUCCGGGGUCCUCGUCGGGCGCCCCAGGCACGAGCAACGCGGAGGACUACUACCACAUGUACUCUGAUCUCCUCAAGGUGGGAGAAGACCCCCUCACUGUGAAGGAGGAGGACGCCCAGAAGAAGCGUUACAAGGCUUACGGCAAAUGGCUGCGCGGCAAGUCGCUGUUCAAGCAACAGCCGAUCGACUAG